AUAGGGAGGGGGGAGACCGAUAGAGAAGCACAUGAAGAGGAGAUAAAAAAAAGUAACAUGCAUGUGCAGAUAGUGUAGUGAGAGACAGGGGAGACCCAUGGCAUAGGCAUAGAUAAUUAGGGAGAGAUAGCACUGAUGAGGAGACGGAGACAGAGAAGCUAAGAGAGGGGGAUAUAUAAAUUGGAGAUAACAUGAAGAGGAGAGAUAUCGAGUGAGACGAUUAAUUAAGGCCAAAACAGAAGAGGGAACUCUAUGGGGAGAAAGGGGACACAGGAAAACAGGGAUAUCAUGCAGACAUGUAGGGACUAUACAAAAGAUGAGGAUGACCUGGACGUUGAGUGUGGCAAGAAUUCUAUUGAACACAAUGCCCUCGUCUCUAAAGAUGGGAAUAUGGCAUCACAGAAGAAAUGAGCUUUGGGAACAGAGGAGCCUUUGACAAAUUCUGGGACUGGUUCAUGCCAAACUAUAUAAACACUGCAGUGUCUGUUAAUUCAUUUCAAUGGAUGUCGAAGAGGUGGAAGAACUAUUGGGAGACAUUGCCAAGAAUGAGAAAUAUCCUGAUGAUGCCCAAAUUGAGAAGGAUGAUAUAGUUGAUGAUUUAGAGGAUGAGCGUUUAGCACUCAAGCAAAAAGAUGCAGAUGAACGGCUUGCACUAGUUCAACAGCUGGAUAUGGACGAAUUUGAUGAUGCAAAAGAAAUGAAUGAGAGUCCUGCAAAAGCAGAGAGUAACAGCAAUGAAAAUGUUGUGAUAGAACAGGAUGAGCCAUACAACGUAAUAACAGAAGACGAUGGUGGAGCAAAGUCAAUGACAUACGAGGAAGAGAUGGCAUUUAAAGAUGAGCUCGAUGCUAAAAUGGAAGAACAUCAAGCAAUUGAAGAUUAUGGUGAUGAGCAACAAGAAACUGACCCCAAGAUUGAUGAUGAAUUAGUUGCAAAAGAGAGUAGUAUAAUUGAAGAGCCCGAUCAAACAGCUGAAAUAGAAAUAAAUUCUGCUUCCUUGGUGACAAGAUAUGCUGGAAUGGGCUACAACCUUCUGCAAGCCAAUCCAGAAGGAGACUUUAAUCGCGGUGGGGUCGACCCUGGAAUCAAAACAACUCGAUUUGUAUUCAAACAAACGUACAGUCAGGGGAAUAACAUAUUCUACCAAGGAAGAAGAAUGCAAGUACCUGAUCAAGUGACGUUCCACCAAACGCAUAGCUGUGUUCAGACACAUUCGACCAAAGCUUACAGUGGACAAGCCAGUUACAGGAAAGAGCUCUCACUCAAUGUGGAAGCUGCUGCCUCCUACAAUGGACUUUUAUUUUCAGCGAGGUUUGCACUUAGCAGUGGAAUGCAAAGAGCCCAAGCUUCGACCACAACUUCCCAUUCAGUUAUUGUUCAGGAAACAAAAAAUUGUAACUAUGCACAAACACGAUACAAACUGGCCAAUGCUCUGAGUGGUGCACAUGGAUAUGAGCUGACAGAGAACUUCAAAAAUGCAAUUAGGCUGCUUCCUUCAACGUACUCUGCAAGGGAGUACACUCAAUUCCUUGAUAACUGGGGAACUCAUAUCCUUGAAGAGGUUGCUGUAGGAACAAGAAGUAUCAAAAGAAUGCAGGCAUCUUACAAUCAAGUGUAUUCAUUCUUGAGUCAACAGGACUCAAAUGCUAUAAGUGUCAGUGGGAGCUAUGGUCGUGGUAGUGGAUCAGUCUCUAUUGAUAUCAACACUCUAAACCAGAGAGUCAACCAGAACACACGUUUUGGACGACAGAUGCAACUUAUUAAUAUUGGAACCCAGCAAGUUCCUCUGCCUCUUCAUGUGAAAGUAGUACCCAUUUCAAUAGCUUUGAAUGAUCAUCUUUGGGAUGAAGCUAGUCUGACUGUAAUCAGGAGGAAAAAAGUCCACAUGAAGAAGGCUCUGGUCGACUAUCCAGCAAACAAACGAGCUAGGACCGGUGCUGAUCCUCCAAUAAGUCUUCAGGUACACUGGCCAAAUGGAAAAUACUCAAUGCUCGAAACCACACACGGAUGUCCCUCAGGAUGGUCCAGUGGGUGGAGAUAUCAGGACAACGAAGACAGGCGCAAUGCAAAUCGAUGGAGCCCGUCUAACAUCGCUUCUUACCUUAAAUUUGGCACUGGAAGCAAUUUCAAAACGUAUUACUGUACGAAGACGCAUAUUAAUCUCGUGAACGACAAUGUAUUUAUUUGGCCGAGGGGAAAGUACUGCAUUGCUCGACACGGUGGCAGCUGCCCCAGUCAUUUCUACUCCGGCUUUCGAUACUGGGACGAUGAAGAUAGGAGAAAUGCUAAUACCAAACAAGGUGUACUCCCUGAUGGCUCUUAUGGAGGUAACACAAAGACCGAGUACUGCUGCAGAAGCGAUGGUAACGCCCAUACUGAGGUUCUUCUCCCUCCAACAAGGCCUUUUGUUCUUUAUCGCUAUCAGGGCACUUGUCAGAAAGUCAAAGGAAUGAACAAUCGAAGUCUCUACAUAUAUUUUGACGAUGAAGACAGUCGCAAUGCUAAUAGAUGCGGAGGGCACUAUUCCGAUGGUUCUUGUGGUGGAAAUCACGAGCUUCAUCUCUGCUACUACACACCACGCUAGUGUGUAGUUUGGCCCUGAACUAUUAUGCUGAUUAGCAGCUGGACUUAUACUACAUUAUUCGUAUCUAUGCAUGCAGAAUAAUUUAUGCUGUUUGUACUUUUACAGUGAGUUUUGACUUUUAGAGCCAGUUUUGGAAACUUUUUGUCGGUUUUGACUCUUUACCUACUGCAACCAUGCAUGAGAUUAAUCUCAGCUACGAAUCUUGUACUGGCAAGGGGAGACGUGACAAUGCAUCAGCAUUGCUGUGUGCUUGAAUUGGAUAUUGUAGAUCUAUCUAGUCAUAACCUGAGAGAACAUUUUCCCAACGUUGGAGACGAGCGGCUGCUAGGGACGGUAUCCUUUUCUUUGGGCCAAAUAUCGCUGUCAGGGGUUUGUGAUCAGUGAACAAAGUGAAUUUUCUACCAUACAAAUAGAUCUACUGGUGAAACUUCUUAGUACCAAAUAUCAAUCCAGUGCUUCUUUCUCGAGGUUUGCUGUUUGUUGUUGUUAAGGUUUGUUGUGUUCAGCCCCAUUCGGUAGUAUACAUGAGAAAUAACGGCCGUAGGCUGAAGCAUCUGCAGACAUGUUGAUUGGUAGGUCCGGGUCAUAGUGGGUGAGCACAUCAGAUGAUGUGAGUUGUUUCUUUGCUUCUGAAAAAGCUUCCUGACAUUCCUGUGUCCAUUCCUGCUUAUGAUUGAUGAUUCUAGAGAGGUUCUGGAUGAAAUGUCCAUAGUAGUUCAGCAACCCGAGGAAGGAGCGAAGUUCCUGAACAUUUUUUGGUUCUGGAGCCUGUGCGAUAGCAUCAACUCUACUUGGAAGAGCUUGGAUUCCAUGUUUGCUG